GUUUAACAGUUACUUGGAAGUUUAAUAUAUAUAAUCAGCAAAACAAAAUUAAGAGUCCUCUUGGGACUAUGUUUAUAUUGCCAUCUUGAGUGUGGGAAAACAGAAUGGGAAUAACAAGAUUACCACUUGUUAGCUGGAGAUAAUACCAUACCAGUAUCUGUUUAAUUAAAACUUAAGAAGCUUGUUUUAAAAUCUGUUGCAGAGAAGCAUAGAAAGAAUAGAAUCUACAUAGAAAUGAAUGAUUCUGUGCUGAAUGUAUUUAUGUAGCUGAUCAUUUCACGUUUAUUGAAGUAAAAUGUGUUUAAUCCAUGUACAUUUGCCAGAGAUUGAUUUGAAGAUUUAAUACGAGUUACCUGAUCUGUUUUACUUGAGUAAAUCUGUCCUCUCCAGGAUUCACCUUCAGCAUCAUUAAGGAUAUACUUUGCUGAUCACUGUAAGAUUAAUAUACAGUUGACUCAUUCAUUCUACCUGCAGAGCAUCAGUGUGGAGCUCAAGGACAUUGCAUUAUUCCACAUUUCAUCGCAAAAGCAAAUAUACCUUUACGGUAUAUUUUUUAAACUCUGCAGAAAUGAAAUCCACCAAAGCAAGUCUUACUUUAGAGGAUGUGGCAAAUUAUAUGGAUAACAACCCUGCUUUUACACAAAGAUAUUUUGAGAAGAAACUUAAGCCAGAAACUAUUGCUGCUGCCUUUGGUCGGAAAGAUCUCACCGUUGAUUUUGCGACAUUUAGGGAACUCGUCCAGGUUGAAGAGAGUGAGAUUCUCUUUGAACUUGUUAACGACAUGCAAGAAAGUAUUAACAUGGAGAAAGUUGUGUUCAAGACCCUGAGGAGAAUCAGUUUUCUUAUCCACGCAGAUCGAUGUAGUCUCUUUAUGUACAGGCAAAGAAAUGGAACACCUGAGUUAGCUACAAGACUAUUUAAUGUUAAGUCUAACAGUAAACUGGAAGAAUGCCUUGUUCCACCUGAUAGUGAAAUAGUUUAUCCUUUGGACAUUGGAAUUGUAGGACACGUUGCUCAUACAAAGAAAACAAUUAACGUCAAAGAUGUUAGCGAGUGCACAGUGUACAGCAAAUUUGCAGAUGAACUGACGGACUAUGAGACAAAAAACAUACUUGCCACACCAAUCCUGAAUGGUAAAGAUGUUGUUGCAGUGAUAAUGGCAGUUAAUAAACUCGACGGCCCAUUUUUUACAAACUACGAUGAAGAGGUAUUUUUAAAGUAUCUGAAUUUUGCCUCUUUAAAUCUGAAAAUUUAUCACCUAAGCUACUUACAUAACUGUGAGACUCGAAGAGGCCAGGUACUAUUAUGGUCAGCAAACAAAGUGUUUGAAGAGCUGACUGACAUCGAGAGACAGUUUCACAAGGCCUUCUAUACAGUGAGGGCAUACCUAAAUUGUGACAGAUAUUCUGUUGGCCUCCUUGAUAUGACAAAGGAAAAGGAGUUUUUUGAUGUUUGGCCAGUUCUGAUGGGAGAGGUUCCCCCAUACACAGGACCCCGCACUCCUGACGGAAGAGAAAUUGUAUUUUACAAAGUCAUUGAUUAUAUUCUACAUGGGAAAGAAGAUAUUAAAGUCAUACCAAAUCCCCCAGCAGAUCAUUGGGCUUUGGUUAGUGGUCUUCCAACAUACGUGGCUGAGAGUGGCUUUAUCUGUAAUAUUAUGAAUGCAGGUGCAGAUGAAAUGUUCAAAUUUCAGAAAGAACCAUUGGAUGAAAGUGGAUGGGUUGUUAAAAAUGUCCUAUCAAUGCCCAUAGUCAACAAGAAGGAGGAAAUUGUUGGUGUUGCAACCUUUUACAACAGAAAAGACGGAAAGCCGUUUGAUGAACAGGAUGAAACACUGAUGGAAUCUCUGACCCAGUUCCUUGGUUGGUCAGUACUAAAUACAGAUACGCAUGACAAGAUGAACAAGCUGGAAAACCGUAAGGAUAUUGCUCAAGACAUGGUGAUGUACCAUGUUAAAUGUGACAAGGAUGAAAUUCAGGAUAUCCUGCCUACAAGAGAAAAGCUGGGAAAAGAAGUCACAGAAUGUGAGGAGGAUGAAAUUGCAAAAACACUUAAACAGGUCUUACCAGGACCUACUAAAUUUGAAAUUUAUGAGUUUCGUUUCUCAGACUUUGACUGUACCGAAAUUGAUCUUGUGAAAUGCGGUAUCCAAAUGUAUUAUGAACUUGGAGUUGUAAAAAAGUUUCAGGUUCCCCCAGAGGCUUUGGUGAGGUUUAUGUACGCAAUGAAGAAAGGAUAUAGAAGAGUUACCUAUCACAACUGGCGUCAUGGAUUUAAUGUGGCACAGACUAUGUUUACCCUUUUAAUGACAGGCAAACUGAAACGCUAUUAUACAGAUCUAGAGGCGAUGGCAAUGGUUACUGCUGGCUUUUGUCAUGAUAUAGAUCACAGAGGGACUAACAACCUUUAUCAGAUGAAAUCUCAACAUCCUCUAGCAAAAUUACAUGGUUCAUCAAUUCUAGAAAGACAUCACUUGGAGUUUGGAAAGUUUCUGUUAGCAGAUGAGUCAAUGAACAUAUUUCAGAAUCUUAACAGAAGACAGCAUGAACAUGUGAUUCAUCUUAUGGAUAUAGCUAUUAUAGCUACAGACUUGGCACUUUAUUUCAAAAAGCGAACAAUGUUUCAGAAGAUUGUUGACCAAUCAAAAACGUAUGAAGAUGAGCAAAAGUGGACUGAAUAUUUAUCUUUGGAAACAACAAGGAAAGAAAUUGUCAUGGCCAUGAUGAUGACAGCAUGUGAUUUAUCUGCUAUUACCAAGCCCUGGGAAGUCCAGAGCAAGGUUGCGCUCUUAGUGGCAGCUGAAUUCUGGGAACAGGGAGAUCUGGAAAGAACAGUUCUUCAACAGCAGCCUAUUCCCAUGAUGGACAGAAAUAAGUCUGCAGAGCUGCCAAAACUUCAGUGUGGUUUUAUUGACUUUGUGUGCACUUUUGUAUAUAAGGAAUUUGCACGCUUCCAUGAAGAAAUACAGCCAAUGUUAGAUGGCUUGUUAAACAACAGAAAGGAGUGGAAGGCUCUUGCUGAUGAAUACGAGGCCAAAGUCAAAACAGUCGAAGAGGAGAAGAAAAAGAGGGAAGAAGAACUUGCUGCACGGAAAGCUGCUGCAGCUGGGGCAAACGCUGCCAAAUCUUCAACCUGUUCUAUAUGUUAAUAUUAUCCUAUAUGGUACAUUCAUCCAAAA